ACCUAUGCUGCUGUGAAUGCUUCUUUUGAAGUGCGCAACUCAGCUCAAUUGAUGGACUUACUGAAUUGCGAGGGAAAAGUAAACCAUAACACUGGAUUAACUUGUAUGGAAUAUCAGUUCUAAAAUUAGAUUAGCUAGGUUGAUUUUGUUAAGCACUCACAAAUUGUAAUUUGAAGUUUUCUUAACGGUUUUCUGAACCCGGGACCAGCGGUCUUUACGCACAGUUUGCGCCAUGGCGAACUCGUGUCUUCAACUGAGCGGCUUUCUCAUCAGCUGCCUUGGCUGGCUGGGCAUCGUGAUCGCGACAGCCACCAAUGACUGGGUGCUUAUGUGUAAAUACGGUUUGAACACAUGCAAGAAGAUGGAUGAGCUGGGAGCCAAGGGACCCUGGGCGGACUGUGUCAUCUCCACAGGACUCUACCACUGCGUCUCCCUAACGCAGAUCCUGGACCUGCCAGCCUACAUCCAGACGACUCGUGCCCUGAUGAUCACAGGUUCGAUCCUGGGUCUCCCAGCAGUGGGAAUGAUCCUCAUGUCUAUGCCCUGCAUCAACCUCGGUGAUGAACCCCAGGGCUCCAAGAACAAACGCACCAUCCUGGGAGGAGUGCUUAUACUCAUAGUCGGUAAGAAACUCUACUUUGUUUACACAAUGCAACUAUGAAUUAGUGGACAAAGACAAAAUGUACAGUAAUCAAAGCACGUCACAUUGUUUUGCGCUCAGAUGCACACACCAAGAUCAACUUCCAACCUUCCUGACUGUGACCUCUUUUAACCACACAUCCAACGCUUACAAGCCACUGAGAGCAAAGGAUGUUGAAUAUGACUGUCUUCUUCCCAGGGGUGCCCACAUAUGCACACACACACACACACACACACACAUAUGUUCCUGUUCCGUUGAACCCUUCCCCCCAGAUCCCAUCCCAUUCCUCUCCUCCACCUACUCUCAUCCACACCCUGCCUUUGUCCUGAACCACAUGGAAACUCACUCCCUCAAUUGUCCAGUUUACUGUGCUUAUACAUAUUUGACUCUCGCUGCAGCAUUUUUCCAACGCCUGUUUGCCUCAAAUGAAAUUUGAACACCUGUGUCCAUCCUUUGACUUUUCCACUUCCCACAUUUGUCAUAGCAAAACUACUCCCAGCUUGCACCGUGCAUCCCUGCCUUACAAACAUUACCAUUACAUCCAUUUAUAUUAAAGCCCUGACUUAGUUAUUAGAUU